GGAUCCCAUGUGCAUUCAGAAACUUGACUUGCACCAGAAGUUGACAGGCCACGAUGAGCCACACACCCGAGUUCAAGCUUCUUCUCGUUGGCGACGGGGGCGUUGGCAAGUCGGCGCUGAUCAAGCGCCACUUGACAGGCCAGUUCGACUCGGACGAUGACGUUGCUACGCUUGGCGUCGAGGUCCACCCGCUUUUGUUUGAUACCAACUUUGGCGAAAUAAAGUUCAGCUGCUGGGACAUUGCCGGUCAGAAAAGGUUUGGCGGCCUUCGUGACGGCUACUACGUUGGCGCCCAGUGCGCGAUCAUCAUGUUUGACGCCACGUCGCGCAUCUCGUACAAGAACGUCCCGAUCUGGCAUCGCGACAUUGUCCGCGUCUGCGAGGACAUCCCGAUCGUGCUCUGUGGCAGCAAGAUCGACGCCAUGACCCGCAAGGUACAAGCCGAGCAAAUCACAUUUCAUCGCAAGAAGAACCUCCCGUACUGCGAGAUUUCGGCCAAGACCGACGUGGCGUUGGAGAUGCCCUUCCUCUACCUCGCACGCAAGCUCAUUGUGGCCCAGAAGCAAUCGCCCGACUCGAGGCCGACGCACUGUGGGCCAAAGGCAUGCCUCUUCCCGAUGAAGACGACGACAUUUAGCUUUUUAUCCGGCGUCGGCAAGACGACGUUCCUACAACGUCAUGUGACGGGCGAGUUUAAGAAGAGGUACAUCGCCACGCUCGGCGUCAAGGUCCACCCGCUCCAGUUUGACACCAACUUUGGCCCGAUCAAGUUCAACUGCUGGGACUUUGCUGGCCAGGGCUCCCACGAUGACCACUACGCCGACGCCCAGUGCGCGAUCAUCAUGUUUGACGUCACGUCGCGUGUCUCGUACAAAAAUGUGCCCCACUGGUAUCGCGCUAUUCGCCGCGUCUGCGAGGACAUUCCGAUCGUACUCUGCGGCAACAAGGUAGACGCCGAGCGCCACAAUGUCAAGCAAAUCACUUUUCACCGUGAGAAGAAUCUCAAGUGUGUCGAGAUGUCGGUCAAGGCCAACUACAACAUCGAGAAACCUUUUCUCUGGCUCGCGCGCAAGCUCGCUGGCGACGACAAAGUGAAAUUCAUUGAGGUCAUGGGUGAUCCUCCUCCAAUGCCAUUCAACAUGGAUCCGAUGGAAGCCGAAAUGAAGUAUGUGAUGGCACCGCUUCCCGACGACGACGAUGACGAACUUUAG